CGGUGCCAAACUAUCAACACAGUGCAUUUCUUCUACUACUUUUAAGUAGUAAUAAAAUAAUAUCACUAGUCAUAGCACAUAUAUAAGAAUAGAGAUAUAGUAGAAAAUAUUUAAGCGAAGCUGAUCUCACUACGAAAAGUGUAGGUAUGUAUCGGUUGCUCUCCCAUUAUAUACGUUAACUCCCACAAACGAGUCUGUGCGUGCAUUGCAUUUGCAUCCCUCAUCAGCUCAGAUACACCCAGACCCAGAGCAGCAAGAUCGGGACGACGACGACGACAUGGCGGCGUUGGUGAAGAUCGGGACGUGGGGCGCCGGCGACCACGGCAGCGCCUACGACAUCACGGUGGCGCCGCGGCGGCUGGAGAGCAUCUCCGUCCGCCAUGGCAUGAUCGUCGACUGCAUCUCCUUCUCCUACCGGGACCGGGACGGCAAGCUGCACACCGCGGGGCCCUGGGGCGGCACCGGAGGCCUGAAAGAGGAGACCAUCACCCUGGGCCCCGACGAGUUCGUGACGGAGGUCGCCGGCGCGAUCGGCCCCUUCGGCGAGCUCAUCACCCACGCCGUCGCCUGGCUCAAGUUCGUCACCAACCGCGGCACCUACGGGCCCUUCGGCCACGGCGACGGCACGCCCUUCAACGUCCCCGUCCUCAACAACGGCAGUAUCGUCGGCAUGUUCGCUCGCGCGGACCAGUACCUCGACGCCAUUGGCUUCUACGUCCUCCCCUUCUGAUUUGAUCUGCAGAAGAGAGGCGCCGCUUGUGUUUGUUGUCGGAAUAAUUAAGAGAGAUGGUCAUGCACACGUGCGUGCAUAUAUGGUGAUGAUCAUUGAUCCAUGUGUUGUGUUUCGAUGAUCAUCCAUGUAUCUUCUUCCCCAGUUCCCCGUCCCGUUUUGUUGGCCUGACAGUACGUGGCGGAGCUUGACUAAACAAAUACUAGGAGCUAAUCUAUGUAACUGAGCUCUAAACAUCAAUGGACAGUGCUAAAUAACUGUUUACUUAAUGGA